AUGUCAGAUACAUUAAAAGAACUUUCGGAAGAACAAAAACCAAGGAUAAUAGUGUAUGACUUAGGAAUAGCGAAUUAUCAAAAGAACAUAUUAAGUUUAUUAAAAAAUAAAGGAGAAUAUUUUGAUGAAUUAAUUGAAUUUGAUUUUAAAAAUUAUCCAAAAUUUUGGAAUAUAGAUUACAAUAGGGGAGAGUACGCGUGGAAAGCUGGCAUCAUAAAAGAAAUCUCGUUGAAAUAUCCUGGGAUAAUAGUUUGGUUAGAUAGUGGUAGCCUUAUAGCUUCAACAUUUUUUAUCAAAUUGGAAAAUUUACUCGAACAACAUAACGGAUUUCUAAGUCCAAAAUCAAGUGGAAAAUUAUUGGAAUGGACACAUCCUGGAGUGUUUAAAUAUUACAAUCAAAGUAUUUCUGAUUAUAAGAGUAGACCUUAUGAUAAUUGUAACGGAGCUGCGAUAGUAUUUGAUACGAACAAGACGCAAUAUUUAAUAGAUAAAUGGUACGAGUGCGCUUUAGUAAAAAAUUGUAUAGCACCAAAAGGUAGUAAUAGAAAAAAUCAUAGACAAGAUCAAGCGAUACUCACAUUUUUAAUUUUAAAUGAUCAUAGAUCUUGCAAUCGUGACAUAUCAUAUUUUGAUAUAAUAACUCAUAUGGAUGUUCAAUGUGCUCAAAAUAUUUAUGAUUAUGAUAAAAUACAUGGUGAAUUUUACUGGCCAACUUCCAAAGAACUUGAAGAAUUAAGACAUUUAAAAGAAAGUUAUGACUUGUAUGUUUUUUAUGAUAUUUGGAAUGAAGGGGCUUUGGAGGAAUUGCUUACGAACGGUAAGAAGUAG